AUGGCCAGCAUCGAGUCAUUCGCCCGUCUCGUCCUUCGGGAAGAAGAUAGCGAAGCUACUUCAGUGUGUGAUACUGGCAAUGCAUACGAUGGUCGCUUAGGCCUGCGGGUAGCUGCGCUUUUCAUAAUAUGGGUUACAUCUUCUAUUGGCGGAGCUUUCCCCAUAUUCGCCCAUCGAAACCGCGGACUGAAGGUACCAGAUUGGGUCUUCUUUGUCUGCAAAUACUUUGGAUCCGGCGUCAUUGUCGGAACCGCGUUCAUACACUUGCUGGGGCCUGCCGAAGAAGCAUUAAAAAAUCCAUGCCUGACGGGGCCCAUCACCGAUUACUCUUGGGUGGAGGGGAUCAUUCUCAUGACCAUCUUUAUCCUGUUCUUCAUCGAGUUGAUGGUGAUGCGGUAUGGAGAUUUCGGUGCAGGACACAGUCACGGUCACGAGGGAGAGGGAGAGGGACAUAGCCAUACACACGAUCCGGAGCAUGACCAACCCGUGAACACCGAGCUGAACAACACCAUGGACCUGGCGCCUUAUAAAGACAACGCGUCAUCCACGACCCAGCCAGAAAGCAUCAGACACGCUCCAUCUCACAGUAUCCAGCUUCCGGGAGAAGAUCACCUAGGGCACUCUCAAGAACACAACGAAAUUGAAGAAGCAGCCGACGCUUUCAGUUUUGAGGACUACAAGGCUCAGAUGACGGCGAUUUUCAUCCUAGAGUUCGGCAUCAUAUUCCACAGCAUUUUCAUUGGUCUCACUCUGGCGGUUGCCGGAGACGAGUUCGACACACUCUUCGUUGUCUUAAUCUUCCAUCAGACUUUCGAGGGUCUCGGUCUGGGCUCCCGACUGGCAGUGGUCCCAUGGCCCCAGAGCCGGAGAUGGACCCCUUAUGUCCUAGCUUUGGCCUAUGGGAUCAGCACACCUGUCGCAAUUGCCAUUGGAUUGGGUGUGCGAAGGUCUUAUCCUCCCGGAUCCAAGACCACUCUCAUCGUCAAUGGCGUUUUCGAUUCCAUUUCAGCGGGCAUUCUGGUCUACACGGGGUUGGUGGAGUUGAUGGCGCAUGAGUUUAUGUUCAGCAGGUCAAUGCAGAAGGCGAGAAUCCAGACUCUCCUCGCGGCAUUCGGGACAAUGUGCUUAGGUUCGGGGUUGAUGGCUUUGCUCGGAAAAUGGGCUUAG